AUGACCUCGUUGUUCUGUCGCUCGCAUUCGCGUUGUCUUUCGUUAUCGCGCCUCACUAAACCCCGAACAUCGACACUCCGCCUAUUAAGAAGAUAUGCAACGCACAAAGAUCCUCUUCAUCCCUCACAAUUGUCCCAGUCUCUCGAUACCAAGUAUCAGUUAAGGCCGGACCAGAAAGUUGGGCCUUUUCAAAUGGGGAUGAACGAAUCACCUUUUGCUACCCCAAAGCCCACGAAGUGGGCUGACUUGAGUGCUGGAGGAAAAAUCAAACGUACGACCGCUAGAACUACCAACUUGAUUGUGAUUGUCUUUGGAGCAGGACUAACCGCUGUCCUGCUAUACGCCGUAACAAGCGAGCUUUUUUCCAAGAAUUCUCCUACAGUGUUAUAUGGUGAAUCUUGUGAAAAGAUUAAAACUUCCCCACAGGUAGCAAGAUAUUUGCGCGGCCCAUUAUCCUUCCAUAUGACCCCACCCUCGGCUGAACGUCCCCGUGGUCGACAACACCAAGUAGCAUCCCAGAUAUUCCUGGAUUCUAAUGGACGCGAACGCAUGGCUAUCAGUUUCUUCGUGCAAGGAAGUUCACGCCAGUCGGAAGACUCAUACUACGAUGUUGCCACCAAUUGGAUAUCCGAAACAGUGAAGCAUCUCCCAGAGCUGACUCUAGACGAUGCCAUACAGGGGAGUAAGGAUCGUUCAGUUAACGCAUGGGAGAAAUUUGUACAGUCGUUCAAAUACCUUAUUGGUGCACCAACACCGCGCCCUUCAGCGCCAGAAUCAUCAUCUUCAAGUAACGAACCAGUGCCCAAACCAUCAGAAGCGGAAAGCAGGACACAGAAAUGGACCGGGAUAUUCUCGUCGCUGAGAAAGACUCGAAGUGAAAGUCCAUUGGAAACGGUUCGGUCAUCAGAAAACAUCGGCACGGUUUAUACGGAUGGAGAAGUCCAUGCUGAAUUCGUACGAGUGCGUGUUUUAUGUAUCCAUUGUCCUACCUUGAUACUCAUCAUAUAUCUGUAG